AUGCGCUCGUCGUUUUUUUUGCUUUCAAAAGACCCUUUUGCGGUUUUGGGUCUUGCCCGCACAGCUACGAAGGCGGAGGUGAAGAUGCGUUAUCGAGAGUUGGCUCGACUUCACCAUCCAGACUCAGGAACUGGUGACAGUGAAAAAAUGGAGCGAAUAAAUAAGGCUUAUAAUUUCUUACUAAAAGAGGGAGCGUAUGAGCAGCUGCGCUCGAAGUUAGUUGGCCAAAAACCUAAUGCUGAGACGCGUUGGCCGAGUCCCAUCUCCACUGAACAGUUACAACAAUCGGAAGAACAUGUGAGUGCCACCUUGUCAGAAGAAGAAUGUGCCAAGUUAAGCGCUCUUGAUCCCUCUACUGAGCGUGUGACACCUACUGGGAAGUAUAUUUACCAAAACCGUGAUGAUGGCAAGUGGGUAGAGCUCGACAGGCCAUUAGUGCGCGCACAACAGCCGCGCUACGCUUCUUUCUCUGCGAAAUCAGAGAUGACGGAGGAGUUACGAAGGCGGUCGUUGGACCUCGAGAAAGAAGACAACGCAAAGACAGUGUUUCAACGUGGAGUCGACCGUUUGAGUGAUAGCGGUGACCUACCGUCUCGAAGUCCGACGUUUUUGCGCUUGUAUUUGGUUUUAGCACUAGUAAGUAUCUACUUCAUGUACCAGCGUGCAUUUGCGUGGGGGAAGCACCAUCGCAAUCGUACAUGGUUCUAUGAAUCUCUGGUGGAAAAGCGGGAGGAAUUGAUGGAAACGUACAUGCGUCAUCGAAAAGUGGUGGAAACUUCUGUUGUCGCUGCGGCGAUUGUUUUGAUUGCCGCCAGCGAGGGAAAGGUUGAGUCGGACCCUGUUGUACCAGUCAAACCGGGGAGACACUUUAGGACUGUGCAGCCGCCGAAAGAUCAUUUCAGCAUUGUGGCUGGUGGUUAG